CCCCGGGGAAAACACGCGAUCUGAGUGACCGCCGCGCUGGAGCUAGGUGCCGGGUGCGCCGACGUACUGUAUACUGCACUGGUACCGGUCGUCGGCGCGGCGCGGCUGGCGCAGGUAAGGCGAGUCGAAGGUGCGAAAGGAGGGAAGGGGCCAGUAUGCAAAACAUCUAGAUCUGCGACUUCGACAAUAUGCAGACCAAUAUAUUCCAGUUGACGACCGGGGAGAAGGACGAGAAGGAGUUCCUGCUUCGAGAAGCCGAUGCAAUCCGUCAAUCACCCAGUAUCCACUGGCUCCCGUUUGGUCUCAAGUUCCUCAAGGAGUGCAGAGGUUGUUUCUUUCUAAGUUGCAUCACGACAAUGUGGGCUUACAAUAGUUACUUCAUUCCCGCUCUGGUUCUGAUACCGAUGCACAGAGAAGAGCAAAUAGGAGGAUGGGUUAUUUGGGUGUUCAUGUUUCUAUCGUGUGCAACGAUUAUAUGCCUGGUACGUUCGUGUCUUUCCAAUCCUGGCUACAUUCCGUUUGACGUCAGACCUACAUCAUUAGAUCAUAUUCACUGGAGUCACUGCAAGAAAUGUUUGAUACAGCGCCCUCUUAAGUCACACCAUUGUAGUCGAUGUAAACGGUGCGUGAGGAGAAUGGACCACCAUUGCCCAUGGAUCAAUAGUUGUGUAGGAGAAGAUAAUCAGUUUGUAUUUGUGCUCCUACUUCUCUAUGGCUUCCUGCUAAGUAGCUCUGCUCUGCUUCUAGAUAUUCUUCACUUUUAUUACUUUCCAUCGUGUUCAACAUGUGACAUGUCAUUGUUUAGAUUCCGUUAUGAGCGGUAUCUGAUGUACGGAUGCUUCAUAUCAGGCUGCAUGCUAGAGUUCUUUUGUUUUACACAGCUAUUCUCCCAGAUCUACAAUAUUAGCAAAGAUAAAACUACAGUUGAGUCUCUCAUCUACGGUGGUAAACCAGUGUAUGAAAGGCCUGUGAAUACUAAGAAACCAAUGGAUAGCUUUCGGGACGUGUUUGGACGUGGCCACAUUCUCUUCUGGCUGAACCCCUUACGAACUCGACAAGCCAGGAACAUCAUUGUUUACGCAGAAGUAGCAUGAGAGAGA